AUUUGAAUUCACUGCCACAGUCAAAGAAUUCAUUUGAAGAAGCGUACCUUACUUAAAAAUAUAAUAGUCAUUUCAAAAAUACGUUACGUUUGUGAUAGAGCUAGUCUAUUUUGUGAUACUAUUGCGGUUAAGUGUAAUAACUUAAACUAACAAUGGGCAAGGAGGAAAAAGAAGACUCUGGUUUCGGUUUCAAAGACAAGGCGAAGGCUGAGGAGACGCUGCGUCUAUUGGAGGAACAUGAUCCGAAUUACAGACGUCUGACUGUGCGCGGUCUAUUGGGAAGAGCUAAAAGAGUGCUUUCUAUGACAAAAGCAGAAGAAAAAAUUAAAAACAUAAAAGAAGCGAUGGAGGUGUUUGAGAAUUGGCUCGCGGAGUUAGAGAAGAACAAGGAGAAGAAGACUGAGAAGAAGGAGAAAGAAGAGACUAGAGAAAAGAAAGGAGAUAAAGAAAAGGAUUCAAGUCCCGAUGUGGAGAUGGAAGAUAAAACAAAGAAAGAAGAUAAGAAGGACCUUCCACCUGACACAGUUCCAGGGUUAGGUUUCAAAGACAAGGCAACAGCGGAAAGCACCCUCAAGGAGUUGGAAGGAAGAGAUCCUGAUUAUCAAAAACUCGCUGUAAAGGGCUUAAUUGGAAGAGCUAAGAGAGUACUAACAUGUACAAGAGAUGAAACAAAGAUAUCCAAUAUAAAAGAAGCUUUGUCUUUAUUCGACAAGUUUCUUGACGACUUUGACACAAUGCAUCUGAGCAAGCAGAACAAUCCGUACAUAAGUCUCGGUAUCAUGAGAACAUGUGUUGCUAAAGCUGACGGACUGCUCACCGAGCAACAGAAAUCAUUCAUAGAAGCAUACAGCAGUGUAAACGGCGAAUAUAAACGUCUAAGAACUGUGGCUGAGAAGGAAGGAGGGAAGACUUGGGACAUCGUCAGAAAUAUCGCCUUAAAAGAACUGAAAGAGAAGUACGCAGAUGUGAAACUCUUUGAUGAAAAAGACGAACCCACAAAGGAGCAUUUAGAAAUGUUAUUAUGGGCUUACUCACCGGAGCAGGCGCGAGUGAAAAAAACAAUACAAGAGACAAAAGAGGAAAGCGAAAGCGACAGCAAGAGUGAAGAGGAAAGCAACAGUAGAAAGAGAAGAAGUAGCGCAAGGGACGAAGAAUCUCCCAGUAAGAAGAAAAAGGAAUAAGAAUCAGGGUUACCAUGUUAUUUGUAAGAACUUAAAAUAUAUCUGGAGCAGCUAAUGCAUUGUG